UCUUCGGUACUACCUCGGUACUGCAAGUUCCUCGGCGUCUUCCGCGCAGAACUCUUCUACCGCUCCGGGUGUACGUACCGCCGUGAACUAGUAUAGUAAAAGAGCAAAACCUAAACCCAACUGGCUUGAAAUUAUUCCUAUCGGUACCACUUGGUCACGAUGCGCGUGCUUCUUACGUUUUUGCUCCUUUGUGUGGUGCAAGUUCGUCCUCAGAUAUGGGAGUACCCGCAAAAAAUACUCGACACUUGGCUUCGACGCGCUAAAUCCGACGGGGCACAUUACACCACAUUUUCUACAUCUUCAUUUACCAAAACUACCCUGCCUUCAACAGAAAGCACCACUUUAUACGACAGUACCAAACCGAACAAUCUUACGACUGCUGCUACAACUACAAUUGAUAUAAACUCGACAUCUACACCAGGAGUAUUUGCGAAAAAGUCAACCCUUAUUUCGGACGGCAGUACUGUAUUUGAAGCCAGUACUACAGAAGAAUUCACCACAAAUGAUUCAGUUGAAACUACGGAAGAAUCGAGGGAUAGCAGCAGGACUCAUGAGAUAUAUUUACCCAAGAAAGAAAAACCACUGAUUAAGAUAUCAUCAAACAUAAGUCAGAAUUUGUUGCCUCUUCCAGCCGGUGCUAGCGCUGCUCUGGUUAAGCCUACCAAAUACCAUUACUAUCCACACAACCAGCAUAUAUAUUUAUUACCAGAAUGUGCAAUCCAGCAGGUGUGCAAUGCUGUGUACGUUCGACUCAAUUGGACGCAGCCCCUAUGCGCCUGUCCUUCAAGGUAUCGUGAUCCAUGUUCAGCGUCCCUAAACUCAGAUGACCAACAUACUACAGAAUUAACUAUCGACAGAAAAUCCAAGAAAGCCCUCACUUUGGUGAAGACAUGUGAACCAACAAAUGACAUGAGAAUCUGCAAAUCACCAAGAGACUGGUCACUCUUAGCUUUGCAGAACAUCCGAACUGGCAAGUCGCAUUAUCUGGUUAUUUGCAGAUGUCAUCACGACACUAGCGUAUUGGAAGGUCCAAUGUCUCAUGAUCAGCCCACAUACGCAAGCGUUCCUGGAAUAAGGGUAUAUGGAAUGAUGUGCGUUGACAAUAAUUUGAACCUUAGAUCAUCCAGAAGCUCAAAAUACUUCCAGACUCCACCUUUUCCAUGGCACAAGGCUCAACAGUUGAUGAAUAUAUCUAUGUGGGAUUAAAGGAAUUAGUGCAAUAAAUAUUGUGAUUAUUUAUAGAUAUCCUUCAGGAAGAUGUGCGUUAAUUUUGCGACCUUUCGCAACAGAGAUAACCAAUGAAUAAACCAUAGGUAUACAGGGUGUACUGUAGCUAUAAGGAAUAAGUGGAAGGACAUGCUAAGUUCACUGAAGAAGAAUGGAAGAGUACAAAAGAUUGCGCACAUGAGACAUGAGAUUUUGAGAGACCUGUCAAAUUUCAUGAAAAUUUACCAUCCUGUCCAUAUUUAUCCUUGAUUAUAAGUACUUAGGGUACAGAGCUCUAUAGAUCCAUCAUUAGGUUCCUCGGCCCUAUAUCUAUCGCAAUAUACCCAUGCUUUAUGAAGCUUGAUUCCUGUUCCUAUGCU